AACUAUUAUGCGCUACACUGUUCUGCAUUCCUAGCUCUGGUGCCGAUUUGAUGGAAAUUUUGACCGCAUCUUUCCUUGCAUGUGUCUGUCUUAGUUGAGUUAUUCUGGGACUUGUACUAUUUCGAGUCUUGGAAGAAUUCAAAGGUACGGAUUUCAAGGAUUUGUCCACCACAACUGCGGGCAACAACUCUUUCAUUGAAUUCUACCAGCAUCCUUGUAUAGCAGGCAGGACAGGAAUCAUCAAGAUGUCGUCGCUACACAUGCUCACAUUUGGCCUAUGGAACUCUUGCACCUUCACCCUGGAUCCAGACGGACCGUUCCCGACCCUAUUCCGCUUACUCACUGUCCGCUCGCCAUCCAUUCACACGUUGGAUCUUUCAAAAUUCGCCAACCAGACUAUUUUGAUCACCGGUUCUACGAGUGGGUGUGGCUUGGAAUGUGCAAUGGCCCUGGGCAGAGUUGGUUGCCGUCUUAUCUUGACGACUAGAAGUCGAGAACGUGGCGAAAACGUCAUGCGGUUGAUCCAGGACGAGUCCAAAGCUGCAGGUGCUGAUACGGUCGUCAACAUGCUCGAAAUGGACAUGACCUCCUUUCGAUCCAUCGAGCUCUUGCCAUCACGCCUCAAGGAGUUGGGGGUUUUACAAAUAGACAUCGCCAUUCUCAAUGCUGGUGUUUACCAUCCUGAGUUUCUUAUUUGCCCCGAGACUGGCUGGGAGGAAACACUUCAGGUAAACAUGUUGGCAACAUCAGCUCUGACAAAACUUCUCCGCCCUUACCUGGCUCGCGCAGAGAAUGGACGCCUCUUGGUUGUGUCUUCGGAGGCACACGCCUGGGCCAAUCCUCAACAGAACUCGACAGCGGACCUUCUCACUCAGAUCAAUAAAGCUGGAAAUACACUGUAUCCAUCGUAUCAGCGCUACCACCUCACCAAAUUGCUUCUCAUUCUGUGGACCCAGGUAAUCUCGCAUCGCGAGGAGUGGGAAGGGGUCUCUGUUGCUUCAGUCUCUCCUGGAUACACACAGACCAGCAUUUUUCGGGACUUCAAUGAUUCAAGAAUAUCCCGGGUGUUAGAGAGCAUAAUCUGCCGCAGUGCUGAGCAAGGGGCGAGCCAGUAUAUGUACGCUCUCCAGGAUCUGACACGCGGGCAUGGAAAUGGUGGUUUCUGGUCAGAUGGACGAUGGAGGAGCCCUUCCAGAGCGAUGACACGCGACAGCGGACAGGGUAUACAGAGGACUAUCUACAUGGACAUCAUGGGCAUUUUGAGAAAGGCUGGUGUGAUUGAGGAGGUGGAGUAGUCAAUGUAUGCUGGAUCAAUUCCAUAAUAUUUUUGAACCUCGAUAAGUUCAAGUCGCGAACGUCACAUCUACUCAUUUAAUGUAAGAAUAUUACUAUUCGCACAACCUUUCAGAUAAAAUGCAUUGAACAAUCAC